AUGAAAAACUGCACCAGAGUAAGAGAAUUUGUAUUCCUUGGCCUAACCAUGGAUCGAGCAAUGAGCUGGUUCCUGUUUUUUCUGCUGCUUCUGCUGUACGUGGCAACUCUGCUGGGAAAUCUCUUCAUCAUGGUCACAGUGACCUGGGAGUCUCGCCUUCACACCCCCAUGUACUUCCUGCUCCGCAAUCUAUCUAUUGCCGAUAUCUGCUUCUCCUCCAUCACGACUCCCAAGCUGCUAGUAGACCUUCUCUCUGAGAGCAAGACCAUCUCCUUCAAUGGAUGCCUGGUUCAGAUGUUUUUCUUUCACCUCAUCGGAGGCAUGGAUGUGGCUACUCUGUCAGUGAUAGCACUCGAUCGGUACAUGGCCAUCUCCAGGCCCCUGCACUAUGUGACCAUCAUGAGUACAGGUGCUUGCACUGGGUUAAUAGUGGCUUGCUGGUUGUCAGGUUUUGUCCACUCCAUCGUUCAGAUCGCCCUCUUUCUCCCUCUUCCAUUCUGUGGAUCCAACGUGCUUGACACUUUCUACUGCGAUGUCCAGCAGGUCCUCGAACUCGCCUCUACAGACAUUUUUGUUCUUGAAAUGCUGAUGAUUUCCAAUAAUGGGCUGCUCACCACACUGUGGUUUUUCUUGCUCCUGCUUUCCUAUUUUAUCAUAUUAUUAUUAAUAAGAGCUCAGGCAGGGGAAGGCAGGAAGAAAGCCAUCUCCACCUGCACCUCUCAUGUCACCGUGGUGACCCUGCACUUUGUGCCCUGCAUCUACAUCUAUGCCCGGCCUUUCUCUGCUCUCCCCACAGAUAAGCCCAUCCAUGUUACCUUGACAGUCAUCUCCCCUCUGCUCAACCCCUUAAUCUACACCCUGCGGAACCAGGAGAUGAAGUCAGCCAUGCAGAGACUCAGGAAGAGAUUGUCUGUAUGUUCACACAAACAAAUUCAAAACAAAAUGAAAUAG